UCCAGGCUGCCAGCGCACCUUGCCUUCGCGGUUCCUGGAGAAGCAGAAGCAUUUAGCAGAGGCGGCGGCAGCGGCAAGAACAGCAAAGGUGAAACUGGUUGAGAAAGGAUUCCUGUCCUGCUCUACUUACCGAGUUUCAGCCAUGGCAUCGGUGUUGGGGACCAGCAGAGGGUCCGGAGGGCUGAGCAGUCAACUCAGAUGCAAGUCCAAGAGGCGGCGGCGGAGGAGGUCCAAGAGGAAAGACAAAGUAAGCAUGUUGUCAGCCUUCAUCACUCCCUUCAAGCACUUGAGCCCCGGGGCCACAAACACAGAGGAUGAAGACAAUCUAAGUACCAGCAGUGCAGAUGUGAAGGAGAACCGAAAUGUGAGCAACCUGGAAGCACGGCCACUGCCCAUUGGCGACAGAGCCCGAGGCAGUGCACCUGGCAUGAAGAGGAAAAGGCCUCUGGAGGAGGGCAAUGGUGGCCACUUCUGCAAACUGCAGCUGAUCUGGAAGACGCUCUCGUGGUCGAUGACGCCCAAGAACGCGCUGGUCCAGCUGCACGAGCUGCGGCCCGGCCUGCAGUACCGGAUGGUGUCCCAGACCGGCCCCGUGCAUGCGCCCAUCUUCGCUGUGGCCGUGGAGGUGAAUGGGCUCACAUUUGAGGGCACAGGGCCCACCAAGAAGAAGGCCAAGAUGCGGGCAGCCGAGCUGGCCCUGCGCUCCUUUGUGCAGUUCCCCAACGCCUGCCAGGCCCACCUGGCCAUGGGCAGCAGCACCAGCCCCUGCACAGACUUCACCUCUGACCAGGCUGACUUCCCAGACACACUGUUCAAGCAGUUCGAACCAGCAGCACCCACUGCGGCCUUCCCAGGUCGCUGCCCUGCCGAGCCCGAGCUGUUUUCCCCGGCAUGCCGGCGGGGUCGGCUGCUGCACCACACACUGGACCUGGUGGCCCCGGGCGAGAGGAACCCAGUGGUUGUGCUGAACCAGCUGCGCGCCGGCCUGCGCUACGUGUGCCUCUCAGAGCCGGCUGACAAGCAGCGGCCCCGGAGCUUCGUCAUGGCCGUGAGCGUGGACGGCAGAAUGUUUGAAGGCUCGGGACGCAGCAAGAAGCUGGCCAAGGGCCAGGCGGCACAGGCCGCCCUCCAGGCCCUCUUCGACAUCCGGCUGCCUGGCCACAUGCCCAGCAGGAGUAAAAGCCACCUCUUGCCCCAGGAAUUUGCUGACUCUGUGUCCCAGAUGGUCACGCAGAAGUUCCGUGAGCUGACAGUGGGCCUGACAUCCGUGCAUGCCCGCCACAGAGCGCUGGCAGGGAUCGUCAUGACCAAAGGCCUGGACGUCAGGCAAGCACAGGUUGUCGUCCUGUCCUCGGGGACCAAGUGCAUCAGUGGCGAGUACAUCAAUGACCAGGGGCUGGUGGUCAAUGAUUGUCACGCCGAGAUUGUGGCCCGGAGAGCACUGCUCCACUUCCUGUACGCACAGCUGGAGCUGCACCUCAGCAAGCGGCGUGAGGACUCGGAGCGCUCCAUAUUCGUGCGGCUGAAGGACGGAGGCUACCGGCUGAGGGACAACACUCUGUUUCACCUGUACCUGAGCACGUCCCCCUGCGGAGAUGCGCGCCUCAACUCGCCCUACGAAAUCACCACAGACCUGACCAGCAGCAAACAUGUCGUCAGGAAGUUCCGUGGGCACCUCCGCACGAAGAUUGAGUCCGGGGAGGGGACUGUGCCCGUCCGGGGCCCCAGCUCAGUGCAGACCUGGGACGGCAUCCUGCUGGGUGAGCAGCUCAUCACCAUGUCCUGCACGGACAAGAUCGCCAGGUGGAAUGUGCUAGGGCUGCAGGGUGCCCUCCUCUGCCACUUCAUCGAGCCCGUGUACCUGCACAGCAUCAUCGUGGGCAGCCUGCACCACACCGGCCACCUCUGCCGGGUCAUGAGCCACCGGACUGAGGACAUCGGCCAGCUGCCCACCUCCUACCAGCACAACCGGCCCCUCCUCAGCGGCGUGAGCAGCGCCGAGGCACGCCAGCCCGGAAAGUCUUCCCACUUCAGUGUGAACUGGGUCUUGGGCAACUCGGACGUGGAGGUCCUGGAUGCCACCAAUGGGAAGCGGAGUUGCGGAGCCUCAUCCCGGCUCUGCAAGCAUAUGCUCUCCGCCCGGUGGGCGCGACUGUAUGGAAAGCUGAGCACACGGAUACCAAGCCACGGAGACGCGCCAUCCAUGUACUGUGAAGCCAAGCUGGCGGCACACACCUACCAGUCAGUUAAGCAGCAGCUGUUUAAAGCAUUUCAAAAGGCAGGCCUGGGCACCUGGGUGAGGAAGCCACCUGAGCAGGACCAGUUCCUACUCACUCUAUGAGUCCCCGCCCCAGGCUCUCGGACACAGCGAGAUGCCUGAGAAGGCCAGGCAGGCGUGAGGAGCAACAAGACUGUGCUGAUCGGGUCUGUGCAUUCAUUUUCCUUUGGUGUUCCAGAAAUACAUGAGCGUGCAAUGUUCGGAUGAGCAGCUAGACUUGAACUAGGAACAUGCUGCUUCUCAAAUGGCUACUCCCAGGUUGCUGGAACCACGCAUGCCCGCCACACCCACAGGCACCAAUGCAGUGGUUCCCUGUUCUCAAGGUGUCAGAGGGAGCGCAUCUCUUCAGGCUGGAGGGUCUGAGUUGCAGCCUUGAAAGGUGGUACUGAGGCAUUGCCAGUUAGAAAUAAACCUCAGGCACCGUCUCCUAUGUUUCCCUCCCCCCACACGCCUCUCGAGCGUUGCACUUGGUUCUCACUAGCACAAGAUUACAGAUACUUCAAGAUAAGCCACAGUGAAGAAAAAAGCCAUGGGCUCCUCCCCAAAGAAGCCAAUAAGAACACCUUCUCAUUUUCAUUAUUCAUUUAGUGUUUUACUCCAUCUCCUUUCGAAGAGCAUUUG